CAUCAGCUGAUUGCUUAAGUUUCAAGCAAAAGUUGAAGUCAAAUGUUGAUAAGAAUUCUGACAUUUUGCGUAAGCAAUUUCUUAAGUGCGCCGUUUAAAAAUGGGACAAAAAAUUGAAUCCGAAUUCUAUUUGAAACUAAUAAAAGCGGUGCGUGAGAAACCAAUUUUGUACGAGAAAAAUCAUAAAAACUAUUACAAUAGAAAUAAACGCAAUGAAGCUUGGCAAGAUGUGGCUAAUCAAACCGAACGACCAGUUAGUGAAUGUAAAGCGCGCUGGAAGUUGUUGCGCGAGAGGUUCUGCAAGCAAAUGAAAAGAGCUGAUGGGUUUAUGUUGAUAGGCAAUGGCGAGACGGAUGAAAAUGAAUGGGAAUACUACAAGGAAAUGGUUUUUCUGAAAGAAUCAAUAAUUCCGCGACGUUCGCACAAAGAAAAGGAUUUAAGUUCCAGUUUGGAAGAGCCCAUAAUUAAUGAAAUGUUUAUAAACGUAAAUGCUUUAACAGAAGAUGAAUCGAAUUCAUCCAAUUCCAAUUUAUCAAAGUGCACGAAGCGUUCGCUUGAAAGCAACAGGUCGCCGGGAUUCGAUCUAGCGCCAUUGAAGAUUGAGCGUAUAAUGGAUACUGAUUUUCAUAAUUCUGAAAAGUAUGAAACAAAACGUUCCACAGUUAACGGCGGCAAACAUAUUGGCACGGCGACAGAAGAUUUAGGUGAUGAAUUAUUUGUGAAAAAUAUUGCAAAUUUAAUACGCGACCUGCCAAUAGAAGUUAAGGAUCGCUUUCAGGCGGACAUGUAUACGGAAGUUUUCCGUUUGAGGGGACUUUAUCGGAACUGUUAAAAUAAUAACUUUAUUUGUUAUUGUACGUAUUGUUGUGUCAUACGCUUAUAUCUUUUUUUAAGUUUUUGUUACCUACUUGGUUAUAUUAGAAUUAGUUUUGUUACUUACGUACCUGUAUGUUUUUGGAUUCAGUUCAGAAAUAUUUAAUUGAUAAAAUGUAUGAAUUUCAAAUAGUCAAAUCUGUGACGUUAUGUUGGAUGCAUGCAUGCAGCUUCUAAUAUUUAUGUAUUUAUUAAUAAAUUGUUAUCAAAAUGCGACAAGUGUUUUUCAACAAUGCAA